UAUAAAUACAACACCAUUCUCUCAUCUCCUACAUCACAAAACACAUCCUUCACAAUCCAGAAAAAAAAAAAAAAAAAACAAAGAGAAAGACAGAAAAACCAAAAAAAAAAGAAAAAGGAAAACAAACAAAUUUUCUUUUCUUUUUUUUUCCCUUCUAAAAUUUACAUUUUGUCUAUUCGUGUGUUUUUUUUCUUCCAAUAAUGGGAGCUUUCGAAACAGAUAAACCACCAAAAGAUGCGGCGGCUCUAGAGACACAGUCGCCGGAAGAUUUCGAUCAGCCGUCUCCGCUACGAAAAAUAAUCUCCGUCGCUUCAAUCGCCGCCGGCGUACAGUUCGGGUGGGCCCUACAGCUCUCUCUCCUGACUCCUUACGUUCAGCUUCUCGGGAUCCCUCACAAAUGGUCCUCACUCAUCUGGCUCUGUGGUCCAGUCUCCGGCAUGAUUGUUCAACCAAUCGUCGGUUACUACAGUGACAGAUGCACCUCCAGAUUCGGUCGCCGCCGUCCUUUCAUCGCCUCCGGAGCCGCCCUUGUCGCCGUCGCCGUGUUCUUGAUCGGAUACGCGGCGGAUAUCGGUUUUAAAAUGGGAGACAAACUCGAUGACAAGAUCAAGUACCGAGCCAUCGGAAUCUUCGCCCUCGGGUUCUGGAUCCUCGACGUCGCCAACAACACUCUCCAAGGACCAUGCCGGGCCUUCCUAGCCGAUCUAGCCGCCGGAGACGCUAAAAGAACGCGAGUCGCAAACGCGUUUUUCUCCUUCUUCAUGGCGGUUGGAAACGUUUUGGGAUACGCGGCUGGAUCUUACACCAACCUCCACAAAAUUUUCCCAUUCACGAUGACGAAUGCCUGCGAUCUCUACUGCGCGAAUCUCAAGACCUGUUUCUUCCUGUCCAUCACUCUCCUCCUCCUCGUCACCGUCACUUCUCUCUGGUACGUCAAAGACAAACAAUGGACUCGGCCGCCGGUAUCCGACGACGACACUCCCUCGGUUCCUUUCUUCGGAGAAAUCUUCGGAGCCUUCAAAGUCAUGAAACGUCCCAUGUGGAUGUUGUUGCUCGUCACGGCGCUGAACUGGAUCGCAUGGUUCCCGUUUCUCCUGUUCGAUACCGACUGGAUGGGUCGUGAAGUGUACGGUGGAUCGUCAGAAGGAAACGACAGGUCGAAGCAACUGUACAACCAAGGAGUACACUCCGGUGCGUUGGGACUCAUGUUUAAUUCGAUUGUUCUUGGUUUCAUGUCGCUUGGUGUUGAGUGGAUUAGCAAGAAAUUGGGAGGAGCUAAACGGCUUUGGGGAAUUGUUAAUUUCAUCCUCGCCGCUGGUUUGGCCAUGACGGUUCUCGUUACAAAAUUAGCGGCGGAUUACCGGAAAGUCGCCGGUGAGUUAGCCGGACCGUCUCCUGGUAUCAGAGCUGGAGCGUUGAGUCUCUUUGCUGUUCUUGGUAUUCCAUUAGCUAUUACUUUCAGUAUUCCGUUUGCAUUAGCCUCCAUAUUUUCAAGCGCAUCCGGCGCCGGCCAAGGACUUUCUUUAGGAGUUUUAAAUUUGGCAAUUGUGAUACCGCAAAUGAUAGUAUCACUUGGAGGAGGACCUUUCGAUGCCCUCUUCGGUGGUGGAAACCUACCGGCAUUUAUUCUCGGAGCAAUCGCGGCGGCGAUCAGUGGAGUAUUAGCGUUAACCGUUUUGCCUUCACCGCCACCGGACGCAGCUCCCAUGAAGCCUGCCAUGGGAUUCCAUUAGCUUACUUUAUGUUUUAUUUUUCUUAUGAAACCCAUCGAAUACAGUAUUAUUGUGCAAAACCCAAAAAAAAAAGAAUGGUUAAAAGUGAUAAAAUCAAAUAACCUUGGGUCGUCUGUAUUUCACCCUUCUUUUAGUUUGUUGUUGCUGUUACUGAUAUCAACUUGAAAUAGAUUUUACUUUUUUUUUUCUUGCAUGGCCGUUAAUACUGUGUGUGACUACAUUUUUUUUACUGUUUACUUUGGUGAAAGUAAUAUUCAAAUACAG